AUGUACCCCACAUCAGGAUGGGGGUUUACACGGGAACUAGUUUAUGGUGAUAACGGCCUUGCGCCGUAUCUGGCGCACCCUGUCCCACCUCAGUCUGGAGGCGGCUUGCGUGCAGUGGCCGACAAAACCGAGCAGCCCGUCUGCUCGCAUGAUGGACCCGAUUUUCACAAAAGAAAACGUCAGGAGUGCCUCAGGCCCCGCCUGGAUGGGAAUGCCGUGGAGGCCACGGAAUCGCCGCAGUCUGAGACUCGCAGUUCUGAGAAGGACGGCGUUAUCUCGUCCUUUGACGGCCUUCCAGGCCUCGACUUUUAG